AUGCUGCCCAAAGAUCUUGAAAAAACUGUGGUUUGUAUUGAAAAUUGGUUAAAAAUUAUGCUACAGACUCAGUAUAUCUUAUUCUUUUUGUUAUUAGAAGUAAAGAAGCAAAUACCAUCAGGCUAUGUAUUUGCAAGUCAAAAUUUGCUAUACAAAUUCCAAGUUUGUACAAUUUUAAAUAUUCUACCUACUAAUGAAUCACAAUUUCAACAGCUAUCUAAAUAA